CGAAAGGUCAAACAAAGUCCAACUAAAUCUACUCCCCCGAUGCCGAUGCCUCUGUCUCUCUGUUGCUGCUCCUAGACCUUCUGCAGGCUCGCCGCCGGCGCCGGGCCAUCGUCGCCGCCCCUCCCCCCUCCUCGCCUUUUCUGUGUUGCUGCGCCCAGACCUGCAACCGCCCGCAGACGUGCUCGCCACCGGCCAUAGUUGCCCCCCCCCUCCCCUGCGCCAGUCCAUCGACCCGGCCUCUGAUGUGCGAACCGCCGCGCCGUCCUCUCCUCCUCCGCUGAUCCGUGUCGCCUCCCGCGGUCCCGCCGUGCAGGCCGCCACCUCUGCUGAGUGCUAGCUGCGCGCAUGCGCCACCAUGCUUGUGCCCCGUCUCGGCGCCGGAACCUGAACGCAGCACGCCAGCAGCUGCUCUCCGCAGCUCCCCCAUUCCAGUCCUGCUGCUUGCCAACGGCCGACCAAACCCCAAAGUGCAAGAUCGGAAGUUUGGCCUGCUUGAGCAAAAUCCAUGGCCUCCCAGCAUGAGCAGUUGGUGCAUAUGAACCGCGGACAAGGGAACACAAGCUAUGCUUGCAACUCUAGCCUGCAGAAUGUUGAACAGAACAGGAUGAGAUUCAUGAUAGAAGAGACCAUCUCUGAUUUAUGCAGCACCAGCAGCUUGUUUCCUAGAAACAUGGUGGUUGCAGACCUGGGCUGUUCCUCUGGUCCAAAUGCACUCGCUUUAGUGUCCAUAGCCAUUGAUGCGAUACACAAUCAGUGUCUUCAUUUCCAGCAGCCACAAGUAGAAGUUUGUGUUCUUCUUAGUGAUCUUCCUGACAAUGACUUCAAUGUGGUUGUGAAGAGCUUGGUUGCAUUCCAGCAAAGCCACAAGUCAGUUGUUACUGGCGUUGUACCAGGAUCAUUUUAUGGGAGGCUCUUCACCAGUGGAUCCUUGCAUCUUGUUUGUUCAUCCAACAGCUUGCAUUGGCUUUCGAAGGCUCCUGAAGAACUUAAGAGGAACCAAAUCCCAGCGUAUGAUAUCGAUGAGAAUGUUAGGAUAGAAAGACGACCUUUGGUCAUUGGAGCUUAUGCACGGCAGUUCAGGAAAGAUUUUACUCUUUUUCUUGAGAUGAGAGCCAAAGAGUUGGCAUCAGGAGGCCGGAUGGUUGUUUCCCUCGCGGGGAGGCGUUCUGAAGAACUUGCCUCCAAAUUCACUCAUGCCUGGGAAUCUGUGGCUCAGAUUUUAAGUGAGAUGGUUUCAAAGGGAGUUAUCAACAAAGAACAGUUUGAUUCCUUUUACAUACCAAUAUAUGGACCUUCCGAUGAAGAGUUGAGAGAGAUCAUUCAAUUAGAAGGGUCAUUUUCAAUCAGAGAGAUGCAGGUGCCUGAACCUUCAAGCAGUUCAUACAACGUGCUGAUCACCCCAAGCAGGAUAGCCAAUAUGCUGAGAGCUGGAUUCGAGCCUAUAAUUGUACAGCAUUUUGGGUGGUCUGGAGAGAUCAUGGAUGAAUUCGUGAGGACUGCAGAACGGCGCUGGAGCGAAGAGGGCAGCUUGCAACAGGAGAUGGCUAGAAACCCGCGAGUAACGUUGGUUGUGUCGCUAAAAAAGGUGGUAUGACAUGGGUUGUUGCUGCAUGCUUUUGGGAAUGUUUAUAUGAUGGUUAUUUGCAUUUAGGUGUUAUAAUUUGUUGACAGUAGACUUCUUCAUAUUAGAAGUUCUGAAAUAUGUGAAACAGCAUUUGGUUAGCAA